GCGGUGGCGCGUAUUUUCGCUUGUUUUUCAUUUCAUCUAGUAACUCUACCUUUGUUUAUAAAUCUUUGAGUUAUAAUGCGGCAAAUAGUAUAAAUUUUCUGUGAAUAAAUUUUGAAUGUGAGAUACUUUUAAACAGUAAAUAUAAAGUUACCUGUGCGAUGAAUAAAGGUGUUUUGUGUAAUCUAUCACAAGUGUAUUGUGAUAUGAAUUUAGUGCACGCUCAAUGAAUUGGAAGUGGAGAAACAUGGGGCUUCAAAAGAGACACAGCCAGUUUAGUGAUACUAAAUAUAAGUGGCGGACAGCAUUAUUGGUGUUAUGUGUGUGUUACUGUGAUUGUCAGGAAUUGAGGUCGGAGAUAGACCCGUAUUUAGUAAACAAGACUUUAGACCUAACGGAGCUACCUGGGGGAACUUUGACAGGAGGUUCGACGGUGUGGAGGAAAGAGGGUAGCCCGUACUUAUUACGAGAUGAUCUCCUCAUUGAACGAGAAGCGGAGCUGGUCGUAGAAGCUGGAGUUGUGGUCCGGUUCGCGCCGAUGAUCGGGAUUACCGUUCGUGGGAAACUUGUGGCUGCGGGUCAUCCAGAGAGUAAGAUAACAUUCACAAGUACAGAAGAUGAAGAAAAAACUGCAAGAGCAUUCCCCGAUAUUCGUCUUGUUGACGGUCCUUCCAUAUUAGCUGGUAGAGUCCAGCUGUUGCAUAGGGGUCAAUGGAGAUCUGUGUGUACUAAUUCAAGAAAUUGGACAAUCAACGAUAUAGAAACGGCUUGUAGACAACUAGGUUUUAUGGGAGGAACAUUUUACAAUUGGAUGGACAGACAGCCCGGUCGGAGAGCACGGCUAUUAUUCGAAGAACCAAAGUGUAAAGGAACAGAAUACGAUUUAUUUCAAUGUGAUUGGCAGUCACGACAACUUGGAUCCGGAGUUUGUGAUUUCCAUCCUGACCUAGCUAUUCAAUGUUUGCCUCACCACGACGACAAUGAAUUGAGAAGAUCCGGGGUACAUUGGCGAGGCAUUCGCUAUGAAAGUGCGGUUUUUGAAAGGAUACUUACAGCUUCUAAUACUCUGUAUGUCCCAACUUCAAUGUCACGACUUUCACAUGUAAUCAUUAGAAAUGCAGGAUUGGGUAGGGAUAACAAUGCAACGAGCGCAAUAGAUGUAAUUGGUGUUCCACCAGUAAUGGACGACAUCGAAAUAUCACGAUCCGCCUUCAAUGCAAUCAAUGUUACCUCACCGAACGCUCCCAUAAUUAUCAAUAACUGCACAAUACAGAAUAAUAGAGGUUAUGGCGUUUAUGUAAACUCAACAUACGGCAUGACAAAGAUAGAAAACUGUUUUAUUCACGACAAUGGUGGCGACGGCAUCAAAUACGUGGUGCACGAACUAAAUAUCGAUGAGCGAUUCGAUCGUGCUGAAGUCUUCGAUCUAUGUACUUUAGCAUCUACGCCAAGCCAAACAUUCCCUAUACUUAUGUCUAUAGAACAAUCUAGAUAUUCUAAUAUGGAACGAAAUUGCCAUCAGAAAUUUUACACGCGACCUGAUCAUGUAUUGACAUUAAGUUUUAUAAAAGUUCUAACGAAUAAAAAUCACACUGGUCGUAUAUACAUUUACGAUGGCCUAACCGCUGACGAUAAAUUAUUGAUGUCAUUUAGCAUUAGAAAUCAUACACGACCUCAAAGUGUGACUUCUACACGGAGCAGAAUGUACGUACGAUUUCAUGCAGACACUCGGACAGACAUAAUAGGGUUCUUAAGACUGACUUCAGGAAUCAGUAAAACUUAUGAUUUGAACGUGACUGAUUCGAUAAUUUCAGACAAUAACGGAAGAGGUGUAGCUAUAGAAAAUUUACGUUCACAGAUACAUGUUCACCGAACUUCUAUUUCUAAUAAUAAUCAUGUUGCUGGAAUACAUGUAUCUAGUGGCACUGGUGAUGUCAAUGUAACAGAAAGCCGGAUAUCAUUCAAUCAAGGUGAUGGUAUUAAUAUCACUGUUACUGGAGGUAAUAGAAAUAUAUCUAGAAGUAUCAUAAGUUCUAAUCAAGGAUACGGCGUUGCAGUGUGGUUGAACAAUACACAGGAGACGGAAUAUAUACCAAUAAAUCAAACCACUGUCGUUGAGUAUUCGGAAAUAUUCAAAAACCUUGAAGUUGGAAUUAUGCACGGGAACUUUUGCAGCGAUAGUUGGGUCAAUAUCACGGGCAAUUGGUUUAAUUCUAGCUCCGAUAGUACAAUUGAAGUGUCUACGUGUUGGUUGCGUACUGACCCUCAAAGAUAUUUGAGUCUACAGAUAGGACACAAUCGUUUUUAUCAAAAUCAAUGGAUACCCAUAAAAAUACAACCAGCAUUAAAUAUUAUGGGAAGGAUAGAGUAUAAUAAUUUUGAACAAGGACAAUAUGGAGCCAUUCUAAUUUUGAACAGAAUCGAAGGAAAAUAUAUAGAGGAGUUUGAAAUGCUACCUGCUACAUUUUUCAUUCAACAUAACUAUUUCUUCGGAAAUCGGGGACCUUUUGUUGUGAAUCUCGGGUUAUCACCUUAUAGUUCUAUACAAUAUAUACUAUUUUCUAGAAAUUAUUUAAGAGAAAAUAAAGUUAAGGAACAGUUUGAACCCUUAGAUGGGACCCCUCCACAGCUUAUUCCUAGAAGCAGGGUGGCGGCAACUAUAGUUUUGGCGUCAAGUAAUAUCGAUGUUUUCCGAAAUAUAAUAAAUAAUCCUGAAUCUCAAUAUGAAAUUGGAUCACACGUGGAAGACCAAAGCAAAACACUCAAUUGCACUUAUAACUGGCUGGGUUCCGGUGAAGAAGAAAAAGUCUACAACAGAUUGUUCCAUAGGAAAGACAGAUUUAAUUUAGCUAAAAUUACCUAUAUGCCUUAUUUACUACACAGUAGUAAUCCAGGUGCCACUCAAGUAAACUAUAAUUCGUUGUAUGUGCCUCAGUUUAAUGCACCGGGUACUUAUGUUGUUGGGGGAGAAGUAGAAGGAAUCGAAAUAUUACGCCAAGGCGAGUAUGAUGUGAUUAAAGAUAUUAAUAUUCGACCAGGUGGAAAGCUAGUUAUACAAUCUGGAGUGACAUUAAAAUUUCCUCCCUCUAUUGGUAUAAUGGUCGCAGGAAAAUUAGAUGCUAGAGGAAAACGACCAAAUGACAUUACUUUUACAUUAAAAGAGGAAGUCAUUAUGAGUAAUGAUACAAUAUACGAAACGGAUACAGAAAUAGAUAUCACUACUCCUGGAUAUGUGGAGCCAGUAAUUCCCGUUAGACUUUUAGGAGGAAGAACGCAAUAUGAAGGUCGGCUACAGGUACGAUUGGAUGGCGAAUGGGGAACUGUGUGUAACUACAAGUGGAACAUAAUUAAUGCAGCUUUGGUAUGUAACCAACUUGGAUUGGUUUUGAACCCCGAUGAUUGGUUUUUAGAACCCAAUGAAAUUCCAAAUGCAGGAACUACGGAAAAUAUUAUUCUUUCUAAUGUAGAAUGCACUGAGUUUGAUAAUGACAUUACAAAAUGUAAAGCAGAAACAAUUGAUAGUUUUGAAAACUCCUGUACGCAUGAAAACGAUGUAGGCAUAAGGUGCUAUGAGACUAGUUGGGCUGGAGUAAGGUUCAGUGUAAUCGCUGAAAGAGCAGAUUUGCAGUAUGUAUCAAUUGAAAAAGCGGGCCUGUUAGAUUACUCAAGUAAUAUGUUUAAACCAGCUUUGCAAAUUGACUUUUCUCGCCAUGGUUUGGAAAGCGUAAGAAUUAUAAAUAAUUACCAUGAUGGAUUGGGAAUAUUAUAUUCUGAUUUAUAUGGCGCGGAUGCUGUAAAUACUGUCAGAAAUUCUGAUUUUAGUAAUAACAAAGGCAGUGGAAUCAGUUUCAAACAGUUAGGUUUAAAAAUUUACAGUUCUAUUAUUGAAAAUAACAAAGUUGCUGGAAUUUCCCACAAUCCCCACAUAACUGGUCCUCAGCAAAGAGAAAUAGCUGGCUGGUUCAAUUUGGAUCCAGGUUUCAAUUUAGAUGAAUUAAGUUAUCGUCCUAUUAUUAUACCUGAAUACCAAACAGACAUAUCAUUAGCUAAUGGAGAAACUAGACACUUAGUGUUUUCAAGACAAUCAGGAGAAAACCUAGCAAAAACUUAUAAUAUUAAUUGUAAUCCUGGUUAUGUUCUCGGACUACAACUUUUGAAUCCAAUUCAUAAUUUUUCAACUGAAAGUAUCUGUAUUUACGACUCUCAAAAUAUUAAUGUGGCUAGCACGAAAUGGUGCCUCGACCGAGAUCUUUCUACGUUCCCUACCACUAGUAAUACAUUUGGAGUUGUUCUUAAAUAUGAGAGCGGAAAUAAUGCUUUAGGAGGUGUAGUGCUAGUAGUGAGUGCAAUUAUUGCGCCUGUCCAAAGCUUACGAAAUAGAAUUAUCAAAGGACCUAUUCCAACAUUACAGGUUGUGAAUACAAAAAUUAAAGGAAAUACGAAAGGUAUAAAAGCGCUAUAUUAUAAUCGGUACUUAAACGAAAUCGGAGAUCAUUUUCUAAGAAAGGCCAAUGAAACAAUAAAGUUAAUUAACUGUGAUAUAUCUCAUAAUAAAGAAGAAGCAAUUUAUGUGAAUACGCCUUUCUGGGACAUUCACGAUAGUAAUAUCACGGAAAUAACCUUAAUGAUCAAUAACAGCUUAAUAACUGAUAACGGUAAAGGAAUUUAUCAUUUUGCACGUGAUUUGAGAAGUUCUAAUAAUUUGUAUCACUAUGUUCUUCAAGAUAAUACUAUAGAAAGAAAUAUUUAUGGUGGAUUUGACAUUGCAUUACCAUACGUAUGGCAGUACAAUGAAAACUUUACUCACUCAGUUUAUAUGAAUAAUAAUACCUGGCGUAAUAAUAAUAAUUUUGGAAUUAUAAUUGAUGGCCAUUUUGCAGCAAUCAAUAUUACCAAAAACAUUUUUACUGACAACAUUUGCAGGCCCGGCUUAAUUUCUAUUAAAGGUAUGGAAAAGAAAAUGAAAAUUGAUGGUAACUUAAUGGAAAGAAAUAAUGGACAGUACAUGGUUCAAUUUUAUAUGGACAGUCAAAGUGAGAUAAUGGGAUUUGUAUAUGCAGUCUUUGUUUACAAUCAAAUAAAAAGUAACAUAUAUACUUCUCUUGUAAAUCGGGGUGCAAUAAUGGGAACUGGAGAUCCAACUUAUGUUAUAGGCUUUAAAGGUAUACAAAAGGUUAAAGUCACAAGAAAUCUGUUCGGAAAUAACGCCCACGAGUAUAGCUUAGUAGCUGGUAUAAAAACAGCAAAGAUUAAUAACCUUCUAGAUGUUACUGAAAAUUGGUGGGGUAGCGAUGAUGAAAAGAUAAUCAGAAAACAAAUAUUUGAUUUUGAUGAUUGGAACAAUCAUGCUGUUGCCACAUACUUGCCUUAUUUACUUGAAGACAGUUUCGAUUCUAGCGUUUCAGUUACUUUUAGUCCAGAAAGGGCUAUAGACUUAAAUGAAUUUGGUGGUCGACUAACAUCCGAUUUUGCUCUAGAGCCACGACUGACCCCGUAUGCUAUAAAAUCAGAUAUAACAGUUAUGCCAGAAGUUACCCUCACUAUAAAUCCAGGUGUAAUUUUAGAGUUUGCUCCCAGCGUAGGCAUCUUAGUAAUGGGUACGUUAAAUGCUAUUGGACACAUUCGUCAGCCAAUUAUAAUGAGACCAAUCAGCUCAAAGAGUGAUUCUGAAAGUCGACAGAAAAAACGAGAAUCGGGGCAAUAUUACACUCAGAAUAAUAAGCACAGACAACAGAGGCAAUUAGAAAUGUUAGUAGUCCAAAACACAAUUCGGUUGUGUACUUCAAGAAAUUGCUCAAGUAAUGAUAAUGAAAUCGAAAGAAAUAACGAAGGUUUUUUAGAGUAUUACAAUAAAACUACAUUACAGUGGGUUCCGAUGUGUGAUAGUCGUUUUACGGAGAGAAAUGCUCAAGUUGUUUGCCGUGAGUUAGGUUUUGAUCCUAUAAAUGUAUUUUUUGCUCACGAUAAACGUAUUGAGUAUCACAGCAACUCUCUGUCGAGAAUUUGGUCUUGGCCUGAGCCUCUGCAAUGUGUGGGAACGGAAGACCGUUACGACAGCUGUCCUAUACGGCUAAAUGGACAGCUAUACGGCCAUAGGCAUGAAUGUAAGUGGGAUUCGGAUUUCAUAUUCAUCCACUGCGGUACAAGAAAUUUAGACGAGAACCUAAAUUAUUGGGGUGGAAUAAGAUUCACUAAUCCUGAAUUUGAAUAUUCUCUAUAUGAGCAUAGAAUACACGAUCAUCACACUCAUGAAACAUUGAAGAAAGCUGAAAGUAUUCUUCGACAUAUUCAUAUAAAUGGUGCUGGGAUUUUGCAUAAUGAAAAAUCACCAGCUAUUCAAAGUAUUAUAAAGAAUCCACAAAUACGUAAUGUAAAUAUAACGAAAUGUGCUCAUCACGGAAUUAACCUUGUUUCUCCCACUGAUACCAUUAGUAUGACAUUCAAUUCGAUUAGUGAUAUACUUGGCGAAGGAGUAAAUGCUAUAUCCUUAAACGGCGAAGGGAGAGAAUCGGAAGAAUCCAGUUUUACGCCCUUGAAGGAACUCAAUCUUCCGUAUCACCUGUUCUCACUGAUCGAUAUUUGUGAUAGCACAAAAGUAAUAACAGUUGAAGAAAGAGUACUAUUGUAUUAUAAGUAUGACAACAAUCCAGUUAACUGCGUGAAAAUAUUCAAAAGCAUGUUUCGGGUAAAACCUUUUGGAUUCCGACUUCUGCAAUUCAAUCUCUUCAAUCACACAUUAAAUUAUGGAAAACGAGAUUCUAUAACGUUGUAUGCUGGAGAUAUUUAUAACGUGACUGCACCUCAAAUCGGAUAUCUAGAGAACGGUUCGCCAGACGAAAAGAAGUUAUUCAGAACUGACGGCGCAAGUUUGAGUGUAAAACUGUUCGCGAAUGGCGCGUCGUCUGUACAUGGAUUCAUUGCUGAGAUCGUCACGCUGCCGAUAUCUGCUAUUGGAUUUAACCGCGACGUCCAACACAAUAUAUCGAGCAGUGAAUUCCUUCGCAAUCGUGAUGGAGCGAUCACAUAUCAAUCCGUGGGUGAAGUGAAUCCUCUCGUCGCCAUCAUCAGGAAUGAAUUCACCAACAACUGUCUUAAACUGUACGGGAACUUCACCACCUGCCAGGCAGCAGUACGCGUGGAUGUACAGAACACGCAGUCACUUGUCUUUAGGAAUAACUUGGUCCGGAAUAACGUGGGUGGCCUGUUACUUCGCGCUGACUCCAGGGGAUCAGCCACCUCUCUCCGCGGCUGGAUACACAACAACCUGUUUCUUGGCAACCAUGACCUGCCUUGCCUACAAGCUGAAGGUCGCCAGUCCUCCCCGUACCAAGAAGUGACAAUAUACCGGAACUACAUAACCCGUAACCGAGUCCAGUAUAAGGACGUGAUAGUUCUGCGGCAGGUGGUCUCCAACUUCACUCACAACUACGUUCAUGAUAACACGGGCCUGAGGAUACUUGAGGUGUCAGGCUUCGAUAAGGUGCGGCUACCGAUCUACCAGACUACCUCGCAUAAUGGAUUCUAUAAGAACUACGCGUUGGAUCGCGACGGUCGUGCGACUGUGGUAGCGGGGACGGCUGGCCAGCAUUACAUCGACAAUAUCUUCUUCAACCCCGAUAACGACUACGAAAUGAUCACCGUGAACAGAUCCAUCUUUUUCGAUUAUAACCCGAAUGCAAUGAGUGCACUAGAUCUGUGGCGCACCCGAAUUGACGCGAAGCACAAUUACUGGAGCUACAACGAAUCCCUGGCCGUAGCAGGCCGUAUCCGCGACCAGUCUGACAACCCUCUACUGCUAGAGGUUGACUAUCGACCGUUCUAUAUGAACAACUUGACGGUGCUGGGAGGGGGGAAGUGCCCGCCCGGGUGGGAAGCUGUUGCGGGCACCUGUUAUAUGUACGUCGGGGCUGCCAUGACUUACGAAGAGGCCAGGACGUUUUGCUUGUCUGACAACGCUUCAAUGCCAUAUGUGAGCGGAAACUACGCAGCUCUUUACGAGUUCAUCAAACAGCAGAAUCAGUGGUACCAAUAUGGCGACCGCGUGUGGGUCAACCAUAUUGAUUACGUCACACAGUGCACGUCAUUCGAGUUCUCUACGGUCGAAGUAACGGAUUGCACGCAAAAGAAUCCGUUUAUAUGUGAAAUUGAUCCAAAGAUAUCCAUAGAUCCACUAUCGUGGCAGACGGACACCCUGGCCGUUGCUUUCAUCGGAGUGCUGGUGGGAGCUGUUUUGUUGGUAGCUGCAGCGCUCAUGUGCUGGUACUACAAGUCUAAACACAGACACUUGCAGCGCCUCGAGCGUAGAAACUCCAUCAGACAGUCGCUGCACUCGGUAAGGUCCAUCGGUAGCAUCGGUGGGGGAUUCCCCGACAAUACUUACAGGCGAAAGAUGACGCAAAUGAGUGCUCGUUCUACAGAUACACUCACAAAAGGUUCUGACUACAAAAAAAUGCUAGCAUCAACCACAUCCAUGGAAUCAAUGGAGAAGAGCCAGUUCAAUUCCUCGUUGGAAGACACGCAGAGCUUCGACAUUUACGAAGCUCACAAUCCGAACAAUAUUCAGCUAAAACACAGCACCUUCAACAAAAAGGCAUCGCCGGAAUAUAGCGUUCCCACUGUCAAACCUUUCAACUUGGCAUUCAAGAAUGAGGGCUACAGGGACAACUCUGGGGCGACAAGUGGGGCGCCAUCUGUGAAUACAGAAACCGAAGAAUUGCCUAUAAUAAGACAUCCCGGUGGCAUGAAUGAUGAUGAACUGUCGCCCCAAAGUUAUUUCUCCUCCGAUACGUUGCCCUUGCGAAACGAGGCUGAUUAUACGAAACAAGAGGACAGAGACGACGUAUAUAAUUAUGGUGCUCCAAAUAAUUUUGGGGCGACUAAUAACUAUGGGGCGCCAAGUAACUUUGGGGCGCCAAGUAACUAUGGGGCGCCAAGCGCAAGUCAGCCGAAGUUGUCUUUCCUGAUGGAGUUGAGGUCGAGGAUUCCCGAGCAACAACAACUUGGCACUGUUCCUACCACCACGUUUGGGCAACGGAAGUUACCAGAGGAGUCAACCUAUAUCGAGUCCCUACCUCCCCCUCCCCCCAUCUACACCAACUACAAGCAUUACGACUCGAGUCCGCAGUCACAACACUCGCCGGACUCCACACAGGACUUCACGCCGGACCUACACGCGCGCUCCCGGUCCGAAGUCGUCCUCGAAACAGACUUCGACUUUGAGGAUCAUAUCACUGAAGCCAACCGGUCCUACAGCCAACCCUUGGAGACGGCCAUGUGAGGAUUAUUGAAAAUAUAAAAUGUAUAUAGUCAGUAUCCAAUAUACAAGCAGAAAAAGAUAUUUUGAAAACACAGACCUUAUACUGCCUUAGAGUAAGUCGACAUAAAAGGCAAUGUCAAAACUUGGCAAAACAAUAGUAUAAUACUAUUAGUGAUAGUGCGACGAGUUAGACAGAAUAUGAGAGUAGAAGUUGAGUAACCGGUGAAUUUUUCGUUGCCUAUUUUCACAAACAAACGCUACAUUCUUACGACUGUAAUAGGCAAAAUGUUUUUAGUUAUUCAUUCGUUAAAUGCUAUAAACAUUAAGAAAAGAAACGUGUCGUUUAAGCAGGGUCUGUCAGUGCACUCGUACGAGCUAGAUAGUAUAGGAGUGGAUCACGUGUUUGCACUACACGAGUAGGGCCAUCCAUCACAGUGAAAACCCCGCUUUAUAUCUGUCAAGUUGAAGAGAGAUACAAAAGUUUAUUUAGCAGUACGAGGCGUUUCUUACAUUUAGUUUGACGUUAGUUAUCGAGACGCCUAGUCCAAGUCGCCCCACAACAGCGUCAGAAGAAUUGUUCUUCUCUUUUUCGAAACGCGAAGUAUGUGCACACUAGCGCCAUCUUGGUGUUUUGAUACAAGUCGGAAAUAUUUCUUCUUGCAAUCGAAACCCAUUAUUGAUAAGGGACUUACCACACGAAUUCGUUGAGAAACGUUGCGUUAUGGUGCCGCGGGAAAGAAGUUUUAAAAUUGUAUACUUUAUUAAAUACUGUCACACCACAAUAAUACUCUAAAGCGGACUAUGUACGAGAAUCCAGUUUCUUGGAUAAGCUCGAACAAGUUUUACGAGUACUAGGAUUAGGAAAUCAAAGACUGAAUUAUGAAAUGAUGUCUUAUUAUUGUAUUUCUUUAUGUUAAGAGUAUCUCUAAGAUUAUUGCUUUUAUAUAAUUAUCCCAUUAUUAAAAAAAUAUGUUUUAUGAAGUUAUUUUUAAGCCGAUUUCAAUUCUGCUAUGAGCAACUUUUAUGAUAUUGGCUGAAAUUGCAGAUAAAGCGAAAAUUAUGAAAUUUUUAUUUUAUAUUUUGUCAAAUACAUUUAUUACUUUAUUUAUAACAACUUGUGAUGGUCAUAUCUUGUAUAGGUUUUUAUAACAAAUCCCAUGAUCGUGCGUCAUUUGUUUUAAUGAAAACGCGGUCGUGAAACCGGGCUGUAUGUUAACACCCUUAUUUACCACGAGUGCCUCGAGUACAAUCAUUGUAAAGGAACGUGCACAAUAUACAUAUUUAAUGUAAUAUUAUUUUUUAAUAUUAAUAUUAGGUUAUCACUAGUGCACGAUCUCGUAGUUAGUUCAUAUUGUCUAUUUUUACCAAACAGUAAGUACGAAAUGUCCUUACGAGACACUGAUUUGUAAGUAGUGAAAUUAUUUUUUAUAUAUAAUGAAUAAUUAUGUCCGUCCGUGCGUGUCUUAAAUAAAUUAUAUUUAUAGCGUUGAUGUUUAAUUCUAUGAAUUAUUAAGUUUAAGUUGUAUAUAUUUCAUGGUUAUUGUUGAAUUUUUGAAACUUUAUGCAGGCUGGGUAUUCACUAACGGCCGUUCCCAAUAUUCAGUCUAUCUCGUGAGAUAAAAAUUGUAACUAUCGUUGACUUUACUGUCCACAUAAACUGGUCGACGGUAACUCACCUUAUCCGUACACGCUGUCUGUCAAUGGAACGAUAUAUAGCUUACCAGCGAUAGAAGUUUGUAUGGAAAUUGCAAUUCUAACGUCCCAAUAUAAGGCGACAAGAAUGACUUAUCGGGUAUAUUGGGUCAGCUUCAGAUUAUUGACAGCUAAUUAUUGACAGUAGAAUGGAGUAAUUUAUCCUCUAUCUGUAGAUAGUAUAUCGGGAACCGCCGUAAAUCAUUUAUUAUUAUUAUAUUAUUAUUUCAAUUAACAGCAAUUUGUACUUGAAAAAGUGCUUCGUUUCAUUAAAAUAAAAAAAUAAAAAAAUGUCACCGAAAGCAUCCUGUGUUCCUGAUAUCUACUACUUGAAUGCCAUGUCUUGUUUAAGCCAAACGCUUAAUCCACAUAAUAUUUUAUGUGAAAAAGCAAAUUGUAAUUGGAUGGAAAGUGAAUACUCACCUUUAAACACUGAAUUGAACAAUCUAAAUACAUGCUUUCUAAUUAAUAUUAACUAUAAUUAAUAUAAACUAAAAUUGAAGUUCUUAAUUUUAUGUUUAAGGCUUUUGUAAUAUUUUAUAACUAUCUACAUAGUGUUCUAGACAACAGGUAAAGCAUUUUGUAGUUUAUACAAAUACACACCUAUUUUUAUUAAAUUAUAUUCAAUAUACUUAUAUAAAAAUCUAUUACUAA